AUGAAAAGAUCUUCAGGAGACAAUGCCUCGGAGGGAAGCGAUGGGACAGCUCAGCGGGGAGAGUUGGGAAAAGGCUCUCCGUUCGAUGACUUAGAAAAUUGGUUUGGCCAAGCCAAACCCAGGAGAUGUACUACCCUUACAUGGUUUUGUGAACGGCUCGCGUCAAAUUCCAUUCUUUCUCUGAUCACAACACUACUGACCAUCUAUGCCCUGAUUGGAGAUGACAUGCGCUUGAUCUUCUCAGAGAAAGCCGCAGAUGACAUAUUCAAUGUGAUCACCGCCACGACCAUGGCGGUCUUUGGUCUAGAGGUUAUUAUCAACACCCUGGGAAAGCAGGGGUACCUUUGCGGAUUCUUCUUUUGGCUGGAUGCAGGUUCAACUGUGACCUUGAUCUUGGACCUCACCUAUGUCUCGGAAACGCUCUUUGGAGAUACCAUCUCCAUAGCAGAGGCACUGUCUUCAGAGGGAACACCCGGAGAAGUGCCGGAGACGGGUCCUCUGGAUCAAAGCAGUAGCCAAUCAGCCGAUGCUGCGCGUGCGGCGCGCAUGAGCCGUGUUGGUACAAAGGCUGGGCGAGUUGUUCGUCUUCUGCGCUUAGUCAGGCUGAUCCGACUAGUCAAGUUCUACCAGAAAAAUACCUCCUCUCCCAAGUACAAGAAAGGAGAGGAUGGAGCGGAGGCCUCGCCCGGAAUGGAUUGGGAGGAGGAUGAUGACGACAUGCAGAAGGAAUCAGCAGUUUCAAAGAAGCUGUCAGAGAUGACCACGCGCAGGGUCGUGAUGCUGGUGCUGGUCAUUAUGCUCUCACUCCCCUUCUUCCAACCUGGAAUGUACAACGAUGAUUUGUCAUCGUCAGCUCAGUAUGGCAUCAAUGUCCUCUACCGAAGAUGGCGAGAUGACAUGAGCCUCUACGAGCCCUAUGCCAAUGCCACGGCAGAGGCAGCCUAUCUCAGUUCAAAAGGCCGGGAGGUCUACGUGGACGACUUCUACUUGUACGCUUACUAUCAUAGCCCAUUUACACAGGAGGACUUGAAGCCUUCCAGUGCAGUGAGUAGUCCCUUGAGCAGCUUCAACAGUUUGUUUUUCGCUGGUAUCCAUCCGGACAACUCAACUCUGGGACAGUACUUUCUACCUUCCUUCGAAGGAAGAGGCAAUGGGAGUUACGAUCCGAAUGCUCGCUUUGCCGGCAACGACUGGUUGUACUACAUGGGCAACAUGACGUCCGACCCAGAAAGUCUCUUUUCCGUCGCUUAUGCAAAUACCACGAGCUGCGUGAAUUCGUACUUGAGAGGCAUCUCUCUGCUGGCAGCCACCGAUUCAUACUUGGAUUGUCCUGAAAAGCUCCGCUACAAUGAGCGCUCCGUGAUCGUGCCGACAGCUGCUACAUCGGCGGAAUAUGAGGAGGUCCACUUCAUGUUCGUCUUUGACCGCAGGUCAGGAGCACAACUGGAGGCGAUCUUGAACACUGCCCAGACGGUCUUCAUUUGUUUCCUGCUGGGCUUUGGAGCCAUGACUUUUUCACAGGAUGCCAACAGGUUGGUCCUGACGCCUAUCGAGCGCAUGAUCUCCAAAUUGGACAAGAUCCGGAACAAUCCCCUGGAAGCCAUGACCAUCGGUGAUGAGGAACAUCAUCGGGAGCAGGUGCGAGCAAUAAAGCGUGGCCAGCAGAGGGACCCCGAUGCCGAGUCAGAUGCCAAGCGCAACUGCUGUAGCCGGUGCUGCUCAGCAACAUUGAAAUGCAUCAGGAGAAGAAGUUCUGCACCCAAACAGAUCCCUGAGCCGAUGGAAACUGUCGUGUUGGAAAAGACCAUCAUCAAGAUUGGUUCCCUGCUGGCUCUGGGUUUUGGAGAGGCUGGUGCAGAGAUUAUUGGUCAGAACAUGCGUGGAGGAGAUAGUGCAGCACUCAACGCCAUGAUCCCUGGUCGGCGGGUAGAGGCGAUCUUCGGCUUCUGUGAUAUCCGAAACUUUACGGAUGCAACGGAAGUCCUCCAGGAUCAGGUGAUGGUCUUUGUGAACCGCAUCGCAUCUGUGAUUCAUUCGUGCGUCAAUGAAUUCUUUGGGAAUCCGAACAAGAACAUCGGUGAAGCAUUUUUGCUCACCUGGAGACUUUCUGAUUACGGCGCAGCGAAGCAGAAGAAGCUGGCAGAUAUGUCUUUGCUCUCCUUCAUCAAGAUCAUCGCUCAGAUCAACAAAUCCCCCCUGUUGGCAGAGUACCGAAAUCAUCCGAAGCUUGCGAAGAGGCUGCCCAACUAUCGCGUCCGCAUGGGUUUCGGGCUUCACAGUGGUUGGGCCAUUGAGGGCGCCAUCGGCUCGGAGUUCAAGAUUGAUGCUUCGUACCUGAGCCCCAACGUCAACAUGGCUGCCAGACUUGAGGCCGUCACCAAGCAAUACGGCUGCCUCAUUCUGAUGACCGACGCCAUCAUUAAACUCAUGUCGGUUGAGGUUGCUGAGGAAUGUCGCAUCAUCGACCAUGUGAGGCUUUCAGCAACGAAGGAGCCUUUCAAGCUCUACACCUAUGACUUGAAUGACCUGGCACUGGAGGUUGAACAGGCACCACCUCCAGCAGCCGUGCAAGGAAUAUUGUCCGAUGGCCGAAAGACCGGAGACAACUUGGCUGCCAGUCGGGAGGCAGCUCAAAAGAAGGACAAGUACAGGUUGCGCCAUGAGCGAGAACGAACCAAAGCCGAGCGCUGGAGUGAUGAUUUCCAGAUGUGCUUCAUGCUCACAAGAGAUGCAGAUAUCAUGACAAUGCGGAACAAGUUCACCUCAGAGUUCUUUUGCCGAUUUAACAUGGCCUACUUGAACUACGAGGCUGGCGAGUGGGGCGUGGCGAAGGACAUGCUGGAGGUGACCCGAUUCCUGUUGGCAACAGAGGAUGGGCCUUCUGCGGCUUUGUUGAGGUUCAUGAAACAAUACGACUGGGAAGCUCCAGCGGGAUGGACUGGGUACCGUGUUCUCCAUGACAAGAACCGUUCAGACUUGGAAGAUCUUUGCAAACGGCGCUUCUUCUUUCGGCAGGGCUCCGAAAUCUACGGAGGCGUCAGCGGCUUCUACACUUAUGGUCCGCCAGGAUGUGCAUUGAAGACCAACAUCAUCAAGCAGUGGCGGCGGCAUUUUGUGAUCGAGGAGAGGAUGAUGGAAAUCGAGGAUACGAACAUCAUGCCACAUCCUGUGCUGAAGGCGUCUGGCCAUGUCGAUCGCUUCAGCGAUUUCCUAGUUCGGGAUUGCCAAGACGAGAAGAAGUUCUUUCGGGCCGACAAACUCUUAGAGGACCUGAUGGAUGCGAAGUUGAAGGAAAAGGGUUUGUCCGAGGAGAAAGUCAAAGAGUACACCCUCGUGAGGAACCAGGCAGAUGCCUAUUCACAAGAAGAGAUUACGGAGAUCUUCAGGAGAUAUGACGUGCGAUCUCCAGAGUCUGGUAACAAGCUCACCGAUCCCGAGCCCUUCAACUUAAUGUUUCCAACUCCCAUUGGUCCUGCUGGCCUCAUUCAGGGGUACUUGCGACCUGAAACCGCCCAAGGAAUUUUCUUGAACUACAAGUACUGCCUUGAGCAGAACGGUGGACGUCUCCCCUUUGGCGUUGCACAGGUCGGAAAGUCCUUCAGGAACGAGAUUGCGCCACGACAGGGCUUGACACGACAAAGAGAGUUCACCCAGGCUGAGAUUGAGUGGUUUGUCAAGCCCACCGCCAAGCAGAUGAGGAAGUUCGAGGCUGUGAGUUCUGAGAAGCUGCUGCUCUACUCCUCGGAGCUGCAGCUCUCUGGUCAGCCGCCCAAGAGGAUGACCAUCGGCGAGGCGGUCGAAAGUCAGAUGGUGAACAAUGAGACCCUGGGUUAUUUCAUCGUAAGGACGUACCUUUUCUUGACCAGCAUUGGCAUCAAAGCAGACCACUGCCGGUUCCGUCAGCACCUGCCUACUGAAAUGGCUCACUAUGCUUGCGAUUGUUGGGAUGCAGAGAUCGAAACCUGCUAUGGAUGGUUGGAGUGCGUCGGCAUUGCUGACCGUGCUUGUUUUGACCUCAACGCACAUGCCAAGGCGGCAAAAGUUGAUCUCGCCUUCAGAGAAACAUUGGAGCAGCCGAUUGAAAUGGAUGUUCUUCGAUUGAAGAAGGAAGCUGGAGUGACGAUGAUGAAAGCUUUCAAGAAGAUCGGUCGACCUGUUAAGGAGUGGGUGGAGAAACUCCCUCAAGAUGAGCUGAAACAACUGAUCGCUGAUGUCGAAGCCAAGGGCCAAGCCGCAAGGACCGUAGAGCUGCCAGACGGUGCUUUGGAGGAGUGUACCUUCCUCCCAGAGCACCUCCAGUGCGAAGUGAAGAAGGAGAAGCAGUCAACGGUGACCUUUACACCUGGAGUGGUGGAGCCUUCCUUCGGCAUCGAUCGGAUCUUGUUUUCGGUUUUGGAGCACUCGUACUAUGCGAGACCCAAGGAGUUUGAAGAAAAUGAUGGCGACAAGCAGAUUCGCGCAGUUCUUCGAUUUUCAUCCAACAUAGCUCCGUAUAAGAUGACGAUUCUGCCCCAGGAUCAAAGAGUUCAGCGGGCACCCAAAUAUGCGGAGUUGAUGAACCUCAUGCAGAACGAGGCCGCUGAGAUGGGUCACACCUGCAUGGUGGACGACAGCAGCGCCACAUUGGGCAAGAGGUAUGCUCGGAAUGACGAGCUGGGAAUCCCUUUCGCAUGCACCGUUGACUUCACUAGUUUGGAGGACGGCACGGUCACUCUGCGGGAACGUGAUUCUAUGGUGCAGAUCCGCCUACCAGCGGCUGAAGUCGGAGCUUUGCUGGAUGAUCUCUGCUUGAGAAGGAAGACCUGGGAAGAUGCACAAACUCGCUACCCUGUUCAGGGCAAGUGACUUUGGUAAGUCAAUUUCCGGUCAUCGCUGUACAGUGUACAGAGAAGUUUGCUGAAUGCCACCGAGCUAGCAC